CGGGGGCGACACGUCCUAGGAGCGCCAGACGGAAGCGCCGCUGGGACUGACACGUGGCCUUGGGCGGCGCUGCCCUUGUGGGUCGGCCGGGCAGGAGCGCGACCUGGACGCGCUGUGCCCGUGGGCAGCCGUCCCCGAUGCAGCCGUUGCCACCGGAGGAGGCCCGCCGGGACGGGGCCGAGGACGCCCAGUGGUCCAGGCCCGAGUGCCAGGUGUGGACAGGGACGCUGCUGCUGGGCACAUGCCUCCUGUACUGUGCCCGCGUCAGCAUGCCCGUGUGCACCGUGUCCAUGAGCCAGGACUUCGGCUGGAACAAGAAGGAGGCCGGCAUCGUGCUCAGCAGCUUCUUCUGGGGCUACUGCCUGACCCAGGUGGUGGGCGGCCACCUGGGGGACCGGAUCGGGGGAGAGAAGGUCAUCCUGCUGUCCGCCUCCGCCUGGGGCUUCAUCACUGCCGCCACCCCGCUGCUCGCCCACCUCAGCAGCGCCCACCUGGUCUUCAUGACCUUCUCUCGCAUCCUCACAGGCUUGCUCCAAGGGGUGUACUUCCCGGCGCUGACCAGCCUCCUGUCCCAGAAGGUGCGAGAGAGCGAGCGCGCCUUCACCUACAGCGCCGUGGGGGCUGGCUCCCAGUGCGGGACGCUGGUGACGGGGGCCGUGGGCUCCCUGCUCCUGGACUGGUACGGCUGGCCGAGCGUCUUCUACUUCUCCGGCGGGCUCACCCUGCUGUGGGUGUGUUACGUGUACAGGUACCUGCUCACUGGAAAAGAGCUCAUCCUGGCCUUGGGCGUUCUGGCGCAAGGCCUGCCGGUGUCCAGGCACACCAAGGUUCCCUGGAGACAGCUCUUCCGGAAGCCUUCCGUCUGGGCAGCCAUCUCCUCCCAGCUGUCAUCCGCGUGCUCCUUCUUCAUCCUCCUCUCCUGGCUGCCCACCUUCUUUCAGGAGACAUUCCCCAGCUCCAAGGGCUGGGUCUUCAACGUGGUGCCCUGGCUGGUGGCCAUCCCCGCCAGUCUGUUCAGCGGGUUCCUCUCUGACCAUCUAAUCAAUCAGGGUUACAGGACCAUUGCUGUGCGGAAGUUCAUGCAGGUGAUGGGCCUCGGGCUGUCCAGCGUUUUUGCCCUGUGCUUGGGCCACACCUCGAGCUUCUGUAAGUCCGUGGUCUUCGCGUCGGCGUCCAUUGGCCUGCAGACCUUCAACCACAGUGGCAUUUCGGUCAACAUUCAGGACCUGGCUCCAUCCUGUGCCGGCUUCCUGUUCGGUGUGGCCAAUACCGCCGGGGCCUUGGCAGGUGUCGUGGGCGUGUGCCUGGGCGGCUACCUCAUCGAGACCACGGGCUCCUGGACUUCCAUGUUCAACCUGGUGGCUGCCAUCAGCGGCCUGGGGCUGUGCACCUUCCUGCUGUUCGGAGAGGCCCAGCGGGUGGACCUGAGCCCCACCCACGAGGACCUCUAGCCGCCCCAGCCUGACCGCUGCCCGAGGACCCAGUGCCGUCUGCCUGCGGGUGACGGGCUCACUUUCAGGGCCUCCCACUCGUGACCCCAGAUAUGUGAGCAGAAAGAGGACUAGCCCUGGCUGAGCCAGGCAGCCCUGGGUGGGCCUCAGUUUCUCCACCUGCCAGCAAGGUGAUCGUGCCCUCCUUUCAGGGUUCAUGGACUGUCGGGGGCGAUGGAGUGAGUGUUUUCAGUAGCAGCAGCGUCAUUACAGACCUAGUCCGUUCCAUGUAGAUCCACGCGCCCGUGCAGUCACCCCUGUGGGAGCAUCGCCCUUCCUCGCAGGGGUGGGGCGCUGCCAGACUGGAUGGCUCUAGGGCCCUCCCGUGAGCAGACCUGCCCUGCUUGGCUUCCUGGCACACGAGGGGGGCUGUCCUGUGUACUGCGGCCGUAUCCCUGGCACCCACCUGCUAGGUGACCACCCCAGUGGGUGGUCAUGAUCACCAACAUUGGCUCCUGGCCACCACCACGUGUUCCCAAGAGGACUGCCCCCCCGUGGCAUUUCUGCUUCUCCAAGCAGCCAGGCGGAGACCCCUACGUCAGUGGGUGGGCUGUGGGCUAGAUGCCCUCGCCUGUCUUUGGGGACUCCCUCCCCCCGCAUCCCCCGUGAGUCCCUUGGCACUAGUGAUGAGCCUGCGGGUGCCAGCGGUGAGGGGACUGUGGGUCCCUCUCCUGCCCGGGGUGCUCCAGGGACCGGGGAGCCCUCCCACAUCGUCCUCUUGUAGCAGAGGCGCUGGUCAUCUUGGGAAUUAAUAAUAGAUCUUGCAAGAUGUAUAUGUAGAAAAAAGAAACUAAGAAUGUGAAAAAAUCACCCCAGACUUAUUUAAAAAGGAUGGCUAUUAAACUGGAAAAGGGAGACUGUUA